AUGCGGGAACUUUUUCUCACUGCAUCCGUCAAGGAUUCAGAUUUCGCAAUGGCUUGUGCAGUCUUGCAAGGUUUGACGUGGAUGAAUGCUCGUCACAUGGUCCAUCGUAUUCUAUUCUUUCAUGGCCAACCACAACCGCAGCCCCUCAAAGUCACGCGUGCUUUCCAGCAAUCACGCUUCUUGCAGCUCUGGAAAGAUCUAAGUAGCCAAUUAAAUCGAUCAUCAUAUGUUAUUCAGCUGGCCUACGAACUUGUACCAGAUAGGGAUUUCGGCAAAGAAACUAAUAUGGAGUUUAAUGCUUUACCUGGCACUUUGCGGUGGACAGAUCUACCAGACCCUCUUCGAGACACACCAGUAACGCAGAGAAAGAAGAUCGAGAUUCCAGAGCAGAAUAGCCUUCCAACGGCUCUCACUGACAAUGGCUUUCAGUACAAGAAUGAAAUCAUUCAGGAGAGCUACUCUUUCGUCAGGGAGAACGUCGAAUUUGUUUUCAGCAGAUACUAUCACCUUCCAGAAUCUCAAGGGCGGCCACUGGGUGCUCUCCCUCCUUGGGUCGAUCUUCGGCCAGUAGAUCCAGCACAAAAAUGGGUGUUGAAUGUGAAACUGAAUGUCAUUGAUGACAGCCAGCCGGAAAAGGUGAAGAAAGCAAAUGGGGAGCUCUUGGUUGUUAAAGCAGAGCUUGAGAAGAUAUUUGACUUUAAGGCUGUUGAUCGGAGGGUCUUCGACACUAGGAUUGCACCACCCCCUGUAAUACCCGGCCGAGGAUAG